UCGUCGUUGAAGGCAGUCCUCCUUUGUCAAGCUCCCCAAACGCCAUCUUGAGUUGGUGGUUGCGGUAAUCUGAAGGAGGUUUACACGAAUACUUUGGUUGUAUUUCUAAAUAUAUUCAAUAGUAGAGCGAUAUCAAGGAUAGGUUUAUAGCGAUUUAAAGCAUUUCUGGUCGGAUAUGGCUACGGGAGCAAACGCAACUCCUUUGGGGAAGUUGCACCCAAGCAUUGGCGCAAAACGAGGCUUUGACGCCGGGCCGGGUGCAGGGCUAAUGGCUCCGCCAGGCCCUCCAGUGUCAUUUCCUUCUCUUCAAAAUUUUCAGCAACCUCAGGUGCCCAAUGUUUCUUUUCCACAAGCCCACCAAUUCGCGCCUGCUGCAGUCGCAACCUUUCCAGUCUCAAUUCCACAGCCAGGACCCGGAAUGAAAUCGCCAGCUGGAGAUUUUGGUCAGAAGAAGGCAAGGAAGAAGAGCCGUUGGAGCAGCGAGACCCCUGAUCAGAAGACGGUUAUCCCUGGAAUGCCCACAGUCAUUCCCCCUGGGCUGACACGAGACCAAGAGAGAGCUUACAUAGUCCAACUGCAGAUCGAAGACCUGACUCGUAAACUGCGUACGGGAGACCUGGGAAUCCCUGUAAACCCUGAGGACAGAUCUCCUUCGCCAGAACCCAUCUACAACAGCGAGGGCAAGCGGCUGAACACGCGUGAGUACCGCACACGCAAGAAGAUCGAAGAGGAACGCCAUGCCCUCAUCACCGAGAUGGUCGGCCUCAACCCCGAAUUCAAGCCUCCCGCCGACUACAAGCCUCCCGCCACUAGGGUGAGCGACAAGGUCAUGAUCCCCCAGGACGAGUACCCCGAGAUCAACUUUGUGGGGCUGCUGAUUGGACCCAGUGGUAACACUCUGAAGAACAUUGAGAAAGAGUGCUGUGCUAAGAUCAUGAUCCGAGGGAAGGGCUCGGUGAAGGAGGGCAAAGUGGGACGCAAGGAUGGGCAGAUGCUACCGGGAGAGGACGAGCCGCUGCACGCCCUUGUCACGGCCAACACCAUGGAGAAUGUCAAGAAGGCCGUCGAGCAGAUCCGCAACAUCCUGAAGCAGGGUAUCGAGACGCCCGAGGACCAGAACGACCUGCGGAAAAUGCAGCUAAGGGAGCUGGCCAGGCUCAACGGCACCCUGAGAGAGGAUGAUAACAGGAUCCUCCGUCCGUGGCAGAGUACAGAGCAGCGCAGCAUCACAAACACCACCCUCUGCACCAAGUGUGGCGGAGCCGGCCACAUCUCAUCCGACUGCAAGUUCACCAGCACCUACGCCCCUCGGCCAGGGGAGCCUCCCCAGUCUGCGCAGGAUAAGGCCCGCAUGGAUAAGGAGUACCUGUCGCUCAUGGCGGAGCUCGGCGAGGCCCCCGUGCCAUCCUCCGGUGGGGGCCACUCCAGCAACCACAGCUCCGGCCCCCGGAACUCUGGACACGGCAACAACCAGGGCCCUCCGAGCCGGCCUCCCUGGAUGAACUCCGGCCCGUCUGAGAACAGGAACUUCCACAACAUGCAUGGGGGCCACGGGGGCCACGGAGGUCAUGGUGGGCACCACAACUUCCCGCCCCCCAUGCCCAGUAUGGGCGCUCCCCCCAUGCCACCCAACCCCAACGGGAUGCCCCCUCCGUGGAUGCAGCCUCCACCCCCGCCCAUGGGACAGGGGCCUGCUCCCCCUGGACACCCGAUGGGUCUGCUCCCACCACCUAUGGGCAUGAUGCCUCCGCCUCCCCCUCCCCCCAACGGUCAGCCCCCACCGGCCCCCUCUGGACCUCUGCCGCCAUGGCAACAGCAGGCCCCCCCACCUCCUCCCACCAGCAUGGCGACCAGUGCGCCAAUGCCGUGGCAACAGAACACCACAACCACGUCCUCCCCUGGCACGGGUAACCUGCCCCCAUGGCAACAGCCCCAGCAGUCGGCUGCGUCUGCCUCCCAGCCGCCUCCUCCGAUGGGUACGCCAUCCAUGGUGCCCCCUCCUCCAGGAGUCCAGCCCCCUCUGCCCCCUGGUGCCCCUCCUCCCCCUCCCCCACCCCCUCCCGGCUCUGCGGGUAUGAUGUACGCGCCCCCGCCCCCACCUCCCCCAAUGGACCCCUCCAACUUCGUCACCAUGAUGGGCAUGGGGGUGCCUGGGAUGCCGCCUUUUGGAAUGCCGCCCGCACCCCCUCCCCCACCACCACAGAAUUAAGAUGACACCCCCCCCCACACACACACACACAUGUGCCCCACCCUGCCAUCCCAGAAUAUAAACCUCCACCGGUCUCCAUGUCAACCACGCAGGAAGGCUCUUCUGCAGGACUUUCACUGGAUUCGUCGGUAGCUGUUCGGCUGCGGACUACUCUGCUUGUGUCGAGUUGCUGCUUUUAUUCAGAAAAAGAUUUCAGAUUUUUGGAUUUUGUGGUUUGACUUGUACAUCUGUUUAAUUUAAUUUUUGAUCCAAUAUGAUUCUUUUUUUUUCUUUUUUUUUUUCAUUUAUAUAUUGCAAUGUUUCUGAUCUUAGUCUUGAGUUUGGUUAAUUGUCCCUGACUGGGAAGGAAUGGCAUGUGAUACCCUUUUUCAUUAUUAUUUGUCUUCCUUUCUUAUUGGUGAAGAUGCAUUUAAACUUCAUCAACUCUUCUGUCCCGUGAAUAGUGAGUCUCUUUAAGAUACGGAUCUGACAUUCCAACCAGUAAAUGAUCAUUUUAUAUCAGUACAGUGCAGAAUUUAUUUUCUUGCUUAAAGAAAUUACAUUAAUCGUAUAUUAAUCUCAACAAAGGCUUCAGAUGUUCUUAAUUUUCCACUCCCAGCUGUACAAAACUGCUUCUACAUCCCGUUCACAAGCUCGCACCCAAAUUAACACUUCAUCUGACGUGUUCACUGCCUUCCUUGAAGUUUUACUAAAUAUUUUUGUAAAGAGGUUAAAAUAAAAUGAUGCAUACAAAACUGGAGGUAUAGUGAGAAACAAAAAAAAAAGGAUAUUGCUUUGCCAUGCUUAUUGCACCUAUCCCACACGUCAUUGGUUGUCAUGUAAAUACAGGUUACAGGUUCUUAUUUUUUUAGUAUUCAUUUUUUUUUUCCUGUAAAUUUUUGAUUGAAAUAUUAACGCAUGUGUCUUGAUUAGAGUUGGUUGGACUGCAGAUAUCGGGCCCCGAGUAGGCCUACUUUAAUUCUGGCAGUGCAUUGGAUUGAUCCCCAAAUCUCCAAUCUCCAUGCUUCAGGCCUCAGCAGCCUGUUCAACUCCCCUGUUUUAUGGUCAUGCAUCUUGUACUAGUGGGUCUUUUUUUUUUUUUUUUUUUUUUUUUUUUUGAGUUUUUGAUCAUUUUAAAAGCCAACAGAUAGGACAAACUGCAUUACCCUUCAUUUUGCUUACUGCUCUCAUGGUGUCUGUGUCUGGCCCUAAGUUGUAAAGUCUAGUUUGAGAAGAUAUCAGGAAAAAAAAAAAAAAAAGUUUGUUGCUUGUAAUUAAACCCACUCUUCUUAAA